GGCUGCUCUGCUCUGUGCUGUCUCCCAUCACCCGCACCGGUGAACGCAGACGAAGGGAGAAUCCACAGCCCAACCGCAAGCAACCGCCCACCUUAAUUCCGUGGCGCUUCUCCAUCAACAUGAGUCGCAGCCAUGUGAGCAACACCACCCUCUCCCUGGGCUCGACUGGCGAACCCGCCACACCGAAUGGCAAAAAAAUGGUCUGGAACCGGCGUAAGCAGCAGUGGAUAGAGGUGGACGUGACGGAAGAGUCUCCCAGCAAGGCCGCCGCCGCCUCCCCGACCUCCUCCACCGCCCUCUCCUCCAACGCCUAUGCGUCCGGGGUGAACCAGAACGCCGGAAACUUCCUCACCGACAAGCCCAUCACCCGAAUCCACGCGCCGCCGGGGGGCGCGUCCUCCAUCAGCUUCGGCGACCAACACACCGGGCCCACCGCGGCAGCGGCGGGCGUGACGACCAAGACGCAGGACCAGCAGGGGCUGGUGCUCGGCACCCCGACGCAGCCGACGACGCCGGAGUCGGCCGAGUCCACGGAGGAGGGACCCGCCCCGAUACCCAUGAUGGAGCUGCCCCCCGCACCGCCGGCUGUCGAGGAGGAGGCGGAGGAAGAGGCUGCGGUGGUGCCCCCGCCGGCACCGGAAGAGGUAGUAGAGGCGGAGGAGGCCGCAGCACCAUCAUCUGCCGCGGCCGCGGUCUCUUCGAACGCGUACGCUAGCGGAUCCAACCAAAACUCGGGGAACUUCAUGACGGGGCGCCCGACCACGCGCGUUCGCGCCCCGCCGGGCGGGGCCAGCUCCAUCACCUUCGGAUGAUGAUGAUGACGACGACGAUGAUGAUGGUGGGGGCGCAAUCCCGUUCUUCGAUGGUAGGGUGUACGUGUGUGUUGGAACGUAGCUGCUCCUGGUGUCGCGACGGCACAAGCGAGACGCCGCCGGCGGUGCAACAAAAGAUACACGAAUCUUCUCCUUUUCAAAA